AUGCCAAACCAAAUCAGAGACCUCCGUACUGUCGAUGACAACAGCUUCCCAUAUAUAUUUGAAAAGAACGUAACGAUACCAUUGAAAAGCAGUUCUGGUUUGGUAAGAGCGAACGUGUAUCGGCCCAGGGACUCAACCCAGAAACCGGUUCCCGUGCUGGUAACAUAUGGACCCUACGGGAAAGACAUCUACUAUGGCGAUUUCCAUGAGACUUCGUUCUCUGAAGUCAACCCUGAGCAGAAAUCAGACCAUUCUGCGUGGGAAGUGCCUGAUCCAGGCUACUGGACAUCCAAAGGGUAUGCAUGCCUGCGUGUUGACGAACGGGGGCUUGGACAAUCUCCUGGUCUCCUUGACACCAUGUCAAAAUCAACAAGUGAGGCAUUCUUCGAUGCUAUUGAGUGGGCCGCCGAGCAACCCUGGUCGUCUGGCAAAGUCGGCCUGCUUGGUAUAUCAUACUAUGCUGGAAGUCAAUGGAGAGUUGCGGCUUUGCAACCUAAAGGUUUGAGCGCCAUUAUCCCCUGGGAGGGCAUGUCAGACUACUACAGAGACCGAUGCCGGCACGGUGGAAUACUCUCCAACUCGUUCAUCGAAUUUUGGUGGAAUCGGCAAGUGGUUACCAAUCAAUAUGGGAGACCUGGACGAAAAAACCGAAAAUGGGGCGAGGACACGAUCGAAGGCGACCUCGAUGAACAGGAAUUGCUCGCCAAUAGAAAUGAUCAGAAUAUCGACAAUGCCGCGAAUUUCUUCAGGGACUGUGAAUAUUACGCAUCUAAGGAGUACAGCCUAGAGGAUAUCAAGGUGCCACUCUUAUCUGUGGCUAACUGGGGAGGAAUCUUGCUCCAUCUGCGCGGCAAUGUCGUUGGGUAUAUGAAAGCCGGAUCUCCACUUAAGUAUCUCCGAUUUAUAACUGGGCGACACGAUUUACCAUUCUACUAUUCUGAGGAAGUCGAGUUACAAAAAAGUUUUCUAGAUGCGUUCCUUAAGGGAGACGACCAGAAAGGAUGGUCCACGGGGAAAUUGCCGGCUGUGGAUAUUGUACUUCGCAAAGGGGACGUGGGUUUCAACAAUGCUGAAGCAGAACGAGCGUACUCCAGACGAACUGAGACGGAGUGGCCGAUUGACAGGACCAAAUACACACCAUAUUACCUCACACCUGAUAAAUCUUUGAUGACGGAUAAACCUGCGGUUGCACAGCCAACUAAAUUGUCGUACAAAGCACUUGGUACACUUAAAAGUCCAGAAGUCAUCCAGUUCUCAACGCCACCAGUCGAAGGAACAGUAGAAAUCACAGGGCAUGUCGUUGCACGGAUUAACGUCUCAAUGAAUGCGUUCAUUGGGGGAACAUUACCCAAAGACAUCGAUCUGUUCUUGACACUGAGGCAUCUGACAGAAAAGGGUGAAGUUUUCUACACUGGAACGGCGGGUGACCCUGUCCCUGUGUGCAAGGGAUGGUUGCGAACCAGUCUCCGCAAAAUAAACACUUCACAUCCACACCACCAUGACUACCUUCCCCACCGAGACUACUUCAGCAGUGACGUCCUCCCUGUUCUACCGGGGGAGGUGUAUCCGGUGGAUGUCGAGAUGUGGCCCACUAACGUCGUCUUGGAGAAGGGAAGCCGCUUGGUGUUUGAGGUUUCUUCCGGUGAUACCCAGGGUAGUGGCAUCUUUCUGCAUAAUGGUGAGAAAGACCGGUGA